CUCUCACUUUACAGGAUACCCAGGUCAACUUCACCAUCCAUGGCUUCUUCAAAGAGACCAAGAAUUGCCAAGAGUCUGUGAAGAUGUUUUGGCGGGUGGUGCAAUUGGUGCCAACCAUGGACGGCAGGCCAUCUGUCGCGAGUGAGCGGAUGUUCAUCCGCGAAGCUCUUGCAAGUGAGAUGCCCCCUGCAUUCGCCUCAACAACAUCAGCGACGUCCAGCAGCUGCCCGCUUACUGCGCUCACCUCGUCCCAGCAGGAGAUAGUCAAUUCGUUCGCAGAAAAAUCCCACAUGACACCGGAGUGGUCGCAAAGAUGCCUGGAGCGGAACAAUUGGGAUUUCUCCAAAGCGGCUGACGACUUCAUCCACCUCUACGAAGCAGGGAAGAUUCCGGGGGAGGCGUUUCGGUGAUCAGGCGUCAUCCAGAACCAGCGCCCCACCAAAUGGACCCUGACCACAACAUUUAUUUUUGUAUC